AUAGAGGUGGGCAGAGGUGUGACUGAGUGGACAGACGGAGGCAGAGGAGGACUCAGAGCCAGCUGGGCAUCUGCCACAUCUUAUUUUUAUUUAGAUCGGUUCAAAAGGAGAGGGGGACUAGCAGGAGUUUUUCGUGCGUAAACGACAUCGCUUGUUCUCCAAAUUCUCAGUAGUUGCGCUUCACUUUCAGACUGAGGAGUUUAUUUGGAGCGCAUGAGUCCCUGCGGCGCACGGAUUACAAUGCAGAUGCUCCUGGAGGUCUGGCUCACCUUGGUGUCAGUUUCUGCGCUGACCAGAGGCGUCUUCGCAGGAUACGGGCUGAGCAUGUUCGCAGCGCAGUCGUCUCCUCCAGACCCGUGCUACGAUGAGAACGGGAACCCGCGGAGGUGCAUCCCCGACUUCGUCAACUCCGCUUUCGGGAAGGACGUGCGCGUAUCCAGCACCUGCGGCAGCCCGGCCUCCAGGUACUGCGUGGUGACCGAGAAGGGCGAGGAGAGGUCGAGGGACUGUCACACCUGCGACGCCGGCGAUCCCAAGAAGUCCCAUCCACCCGCGUACCUGACGGACCUCAACAACCCGCACAACCUCACCUGCUGGCAGUCUGAGAACUACAUGCAGUACCCGCAGAACGUCACCCUCACCUUGUCCCUGGGGAAAAAGUUUGAGGUCACCUAUGUGAGCCUGCAGUUCUGCUCACCUAGACCCGAGUCCAUGGCCAUCUACAAGUCCAUGGACUACGGUAAAUCCUGGGUGCCCUUCCAGUUUUAUUCCACGCAGUGUAAGAAGAUGUACAACAGGCAGAACAAGGCGGCCAUCACCAAGCAGAACGAGCAAGAGGCCAUCUGCACCGACUCCCACACCGACAUGCACCCUCUGACGGGCGGGCUCAUCGCCUUCAGCACCCUGGACGGGAGACCGUCCGCGCACGACUUCGACAACUCCCCGGUGCUGCAGGACUGGGUGACGGCCACCGACAUCAAGGUGAUCUUCAGCCGGCUCCACACCUUCGGGGACGAGAACGAGGACGACUCGGAGCUGGCCCGCGACUCCUACUUUUACGCGGUGUCGGACCUGCAGGUCGGAGGACGGUGCAAGUGCAACGGGCACGCGUCGAAGUGCGUGAAGGACCGAGAGGGGAAUCUGGUGUGCGAGUGCAAGCACAACACUGCGGGACCGGAGUGCGACAGGUGCAAACCUUUCCACUAUGACCGCCCGUGGCAGCGCGCCACGGCCAGAGAGGCCAACGAGUGCAUCG